CUCAUUUCUCCGUUCAAAGCACCGUGGCGGCGUCUUGUCUGCUCUAUAUUCUCGUUUUCGUCUCCUUAAACAAAAUUUUUGCCUUGUUUCGCAGCCAUUUUUUGAUAAAAUCUUCCGAUUUGAAUUUGUCUAUUUCUCCCUUUUCUAUGUUGGAUUGCCUCUCCUACCAACUUUUUGACUAUAAAUAUCUCUCUCAUUUAAUCUCUCUUCGGUCUCUCUUAUUUAUCCUUGUUGCUUCUCUCUCUCUCUCUCUCUCUCUCUCUCUCUCUCUCUCUAUCCAUCCAUCUAUCUCUGUCUAGUCUGUUGAAGAGAUUGUUUGUUUAGGGAGUGGGUGGGAAGAGGAAAAAGAUGAAGUUUGGGAAAGAAUUUGCAUCACAGAUGGUGCCGGAGUGGCAAAGAGCUUACAUGGACUACAACAAGCUAAAAGGAAUAUUGAAAGAAAUCCUCCAAAUUAAGCAGCAAAGGAAUCCAGCCAUGGCAGCGACUCCAGAGGGUGGGUUGAAGAGGAAGAUGACAAUGUACAGGGCCUUCAGUGGCCUAACACGAAGGUACAGCUCCAAACAGAGGAGUGAGAAAGGGGAGUCAGGUGAGGAGCAGGUGAUACUGGUGAAUGCGGUGGAGAGAGGUGAGGAAGGAGAGGGUAAGGUAUCAGGAUCAUCAUACGAAACCAUGUUCUUAAUGUCAUCGGAUGUUGGAGGUGAGUACGAGGUGAUCUUUUUCAAGAGGCUGGACGAGGAGUUCAACAAAGUGAAUAGAUUCUACAAGGCAAAUGUUGAGGAAAUGAUGAAUGAGGCCAACUCCCUUAACAGGCAAAUGGAUGCUCUCAUCGCCUUCCGACUCAGGGUCGAGAAUCCACAUCAUCCCACCGCCUUUAACUGGUCGCCACCCAUCCCAACCAUGCCAACUACUCCUGCCACCCCAGGAAAGGCAGCGGCACGUAUGGAUGCAAUACAGGAAGUUGAGAUGAGCAGUGAAGGGUACUCAGCAGAGGGGAAUGAGGAGGAUGAAACAGGAAUCAAUGUGACCAACCCCACAAGCAAUGCUAGUAAUAAUAGUCACCAGGAAAUAGAAAAGAAGAGCAAAAAGAUAUCAUCUACACCAUCUCCAUUACAAGUCCUUGAGCAUGUUAAGAUCAACAUCUCACUUGAAACUCCACGCUCAACUUUAAAAGGCAUGUUGAUGGAUUCCAAUCAUAAAGAGUUAAGUUUCAGUAAGGAGGAGCUGAGGAAAGCUGAGGGACAAUUGAAAAAGGCCUUUAUUGAAUUCUACCAAAAGCUCCGUCUCCUCAAGAGCUACAGCUUUCUGAAUCUUUUGGCUUUCUCCAAGAUCAUGAAGAAAUAUGACAAGAUAACUUUAAGGACUGCAUCUAGACCUUACUUGAACAUGGUGGACAAUUCCUAUCUUGGCAGCUCUGACGAGGUUACCAGGCUCUUGCAGAGGGUGGAGGAUACCUUCAUCAAGCAUUUCUCCAACUCAAACCGCAGCAAAGGCAUUAACACCUUGAGGCCAACCGCGAAAAGAGAAAAGCAUCGAAUAACAUUCUUCCUGGGAUUUUUUUCUGGUUGCUCAAUAUCACUCUUGGUGGCCCUUAUUUUGAUAGUUCGUGCCCACAAAAUUAUAGAUAAACAAGGGAGUACUACAUACAUGAAAACCAUGUUUCCCCUUUACAGCUUAUUUGGAUUCAUCGUCCUACAUAUGCUUAUGUACGCUGCAAAUAUCUACUUCUGGAGGCACUAUCGUGUCAAUUAUCCGUUUAUAUUUGGAUUCAAGCAAGGGACUGAAUUAGGUUACAGAGAGGUCUUCCUUCUCAGCACUGCUCUUGCAGUAUUAGCACUGGCUGGUGUCCUCGCUAACUUGGAUAUGGAGAUAGACACAGAAACAAAGGACUACAAGAUACUAACCGAAUUGGUCCCUUUGGGCUUAGUCACAUUUGUACUUCUUGUGACAUUCUGUCCUUUCAACAUCAUAUAUCGUUCCAGUCGCUUAUUCCUACUCCAAUGUGCAUUUCAUUGCAUUUGUGCUCCUCUGUACAAGGUUACCCUCCCAGACUUUUUCUUGGCGGACCAGCUAACUAGCCAGGUGCAGGCCAUUCGUAGUCUUCAAUUCUACAUCUGCUACUACGGUUGGGGAGAUUUCAAACUCAGAGAGGAGAAGUGCACCAAUUCCAAUGUUUAUCAUGCUUUUUUAUUCAUUGUGGCAUUGAUUCCAUAUUGGGCACGCUUCCUUCAGUGUGUCAGGCGCACUUUUGAAGAGAAAGAUGUAAUGCAAGCAUACAACGGACUGAAAUACUUUGCGACAAUCAUUGCAGUCAUCAUGAGGACUGCUUAUGAUGUGGAAAAGGGAAUGGGUUGGAGGGUACUGGCUGCAAUCACUUCAGCAAUUGCAGCUGUUGUCAGUACAUACUGGGACCUUGUCCAUGACUGGGGACUUCUGCAAAGGACAUCAAAAAACCGUUGGCUGAGAGACAAACUCCUCAUCUCACACAAAAGUGUUUACUUUACAGCCAUGGUUUUGAAUAUCCUGCUGAGAUUUGCUUGGGUGCAAUCAGUUUUCGGUUUUCAAGUGUCUUUCAUGCAUAGAAACGCCUUAACUACAACUGUUGCCUGCCUGGAGAUCCUUAGACGUGGCAUGUGGAACUUCUUCAGGUUGGAGAACGAGCACUUGAACAAUGUUGGAAAGUAUCGUGCAUUCAAGUCGGUGCCCCUUCCUUUCAACUACGAUGAAGAUGAAGACAAAGAUGAAUAGGUACAUGAGGUCUUGAAUGCAAGAGAUGAUGGACGAAGCAGUCUCCUUAGCAUGCUAGAGUGUUAUAUUAACCCAAUGGAUAGAAAAAUUCACUGGAACAACAAAGAAAAGCCACAUGCCAUGACAUCAAGGACUGGGAAUGUAAUCCCAAAGGAAUGAAUCCAUCUUGGCUAGUACCCUGUUCUCUAAUCCGCUAUCAUUCAUUGACUCAGUCAGUAAAAUAAAGGUGACAAGUCAUGCAAUAUCCAACAUUACCUUUCCUUAAAUAUUAUUGUUGCACCAUUUGUCUAUUCUUAUUCUUCUUCUUCUUCUUCUUCUUUUUUAAUCUUUUUUUGUUUCAAGUGUAGUGGUUCCAUUUGCAUACGGUCAUACUUGAAAACAUUGUAGGAUCUUCAUUGAGUCUGUACCAGAACUCUUGCUUUUAGUAAUUAGCAGCCGAAUUUAUUGAUUUUUUAUGAAACCGUAAUGGAUGACAUGGUUUAGAUUUCA